AUGUCUCUGGCCAGAGUGAGCUGUGUCUCUGUCUCCAUCCAGAGUGUGACUCAGCUGUGGCUCUGUCUUUGGCCAGAGUGUGACCCAGCUGUGUCUUUGUCUUUAUCCAGAGUGCAACUGAGCUAUGUCUCUGGCCAGAGUACAACUGAGCUGUGUCUCUGUCUCCAUCCAGAGUGUGACAGCUGUGGCUCUAGUGCGACUCAGCUGUGGCUCUGUCUUUGGCCAGAGUGUGACCCAGCUGUGUCUUUGUCUUUAUCCAGAGUGCAACUGAGCUAUGUCUCUGGCCAGAGUACAACUGAGCUGUGUCUCUGUCUCCAUCCAGAGUGCGACUCAGCUGUGGCUCUGUCUUUGGCCAGAAGUGUGACUCAGCUGUGGCUCUGUCUUUGGCCAGAGUGUGACCCAGCUGUGUCUUUGUCUUUAUCCAGAGUGCAACUGAGCUAUGUCUCUGGCCAGAGUACAACUGAGCUGUGUCUCUGUCUCCAUCCAGAGUGCGCAGCUGUGGCUCUGUCUUUGGCCAGAAGUGCAACUGAGCUAUGUCUCUGGCCCAGAGUACAACUGAGCUGUGUCUCUGUCUCCAUCCAGAGUGUGACUCAGCUGUGGCUCUGUCUUUGGCCAGAGUGUGACCCAGCUGUGUCUUUGUCUUUAUCCAGAGUGCAACUGAGCUAUGUCUCUGGCCAGAGUACAACUGAGCUGUGUCUCUGUCUCCAUCCAGAGUGUGACUCAGCUGUGGCUCUGUCUUUGGCCAGAGUGGCUGACCCAGCUGUGUCUUUGUCUUUAUCCAGAGUGCAACUGAGCUAUGUCUCUGGCCAGAGUACAACUGAGCUGUGUGUCUGUCUCCAUCCAGAGUGUGACUCAGCUGUGGCUCUGUCUUUGGCCAGAGGUGACCCAGCUGUGUCUUUGUCUUUAUCCAGAGUGCAACUGAGCUAUGUCUCUGGCCAGAGUACAACUGAGCUGUGUCUCUGUCUCCAUCCAGAGUGUGACUCAGCUGUGGCUCUGUCUUUGGCCAGAAGUGCGACUCAGCUGUGGCUCUGUCUUUGGCCAGAGUGUGACCCAGCUGUGUCUUUGUCUUUAUCCAGAGUGCAACUGAGCUAUGUCUCUGGCCAGAGUACAACUGAGCUGUGUCUCUGUCUCCAUCCAGAGUGUGACUCAGCUGUGGCUCUGUCUUUGGCCAGAGUAGUGCAACUGAGCUAUGUCUCUGGCCAGAGAGUACAACUGAGCUGUGUCCUGUCUCCACUGAGCUGUGUCUCUGUCUCCAUCCAGAGUGCGACUCAGCUGUGGCUCUGUCUUUGGCCAGAGUGUGACCCAGCUGUGUCUUUGUCUUUAUCCAGAGUGCAACUGAGCUAUGUCUCUGGCCAGAGUACAACUGAGCUGUGUCUCUGUCUCCAUCCAGAGUGUGACUCAGCUGUGGCUCUGUCUUUGGCCAGAGUAGUGAGCUGUGGCUCUGUCUCUGUCUCCAUCCAGAGUGUGAUGUCUCAGCUGUGUGUCUCUGUCUCCAUCCAGGCCAGAGCUGGCUCUGUCUUUGGCCAGCUGUGUCUUUGUGUCUUUUCUUUAUCCAGAGUGCAACUGAGCUAUGUCUCUGGCCAGAGUACAACUGAGCUGUGUCUCUGUCUCCAUCCAGAGUGCGACUCAGCUGUGGCUCUGUCUUUGGCCAGAGUAGUGCAACUGAGCUAUGUCUCUGGCCAGAGUACAACUGAGCUGUGUCUCUGUCUCCAUCCAGAGUGCGACUCAGCUGUGGCUCUGUCUUUGGCCAGAGUAGUGCAACUGAGCUAUGUCUCUGGCCAGAGUACAACUGAGCUGUGUCUCUGUCUCCAUCAUCCUGUCUUUGGCCAGAGGUGCCCAGCUGUGUCUUUGUCUUUAUCCAGAGUGCAACUGAGCUGUGGGCUUGAGCUGUCUUUGGCCAGAGUAGUGCAACUGAGCUAUGUCUCUGGCCAGAGUACAACUGAGCUGUGUCUCUGUCUCCAUCCAGAGUGCGACAGCUUUGGCUCUGUCUUUGGCCAGAGUGUGACUCAGCUGUGUCUUUUUUAUCUAUUUAUUUAUCUUAAUUUAUCUCUCUAUAUAUUCUGGUUACUUUAUCUAUCUAUCCUGGUUUCUAUCUAUCUAUCUAUCUAUCUAUCUAGGUUUCUUUAUCUAUCUAUCUAUCUAUUUAUCUAUCUAUCUUGGUUUCUUUAUCUAUCUAUCUAUCUAUUUAUCUAUCUAUCUUGGUUUCUUUAUCUAUCUAUCUAUCUAUUUAUCUAUCUAUCUUGGUUUCUUUAUCUAUCUAUCUAUCUAUCUAUCUAUCUAUCUAUCUAUCUAUCUAUCUUGGUUUAUCUAUCUAUCUAUCUUGGUUUCUUUAUCUAUCUAUCUAUGUAUGUAUGUUUUGUGGACAGAGGGCAUUAA